UUUCCCACAAUUCUCCCUCCACUUCCGGCGUGUGCGAGGCGCGGUGCACGGCUUCCGGGUUUGGGCCUGGCGCUGCGGCUGAGGCGGCUGCGGCGGCGGAGCUGGGCGCGGGUGGUGGGAGCUGGGGACCGGGAUGGAUGUUUCGGGGCAGGAGACCGACUGGCGGAGCGCCGCCUUCCGGCAGAAGCUGGUCAGUCAAAUCGAGGAUGCUAUGAGGAAAGCUGGCGUGGCCCACAGUAAAUCUAGCAAGGAUAUGGAGAGCCAUGUGUUCCUGAAGGCCAAGACCCGGGACGAAUACCUUUCUCUUGUGGCCAGGCUCAUUAUCCAUUUUCGAGAUAUUCAUAACAAGAAAUCUCAAGCUUCCGUCAGCGAUCCCAUGAACGCGCUCCAGAGCCUGACUGGUGGACCUGCCGCAGGAGCCACGGGAAUCAGCAUGCCUCCCCGGGGACCAGGACAGUCCCUGGGUGGGAUGGGUGGCCUUGGUGCCAUGGGGCAGCCGAUGCCCCUCUCAGGGCAGCCGCCCCCUGGGACCUCGGGGAUGGCCCCUCAUGGCAUGGCUGUUGUGUCUACGGCAACUCCACAGACCCAGCUGCAGCUCCAGCAGGUGGCACUCCAGCAGCAGCAGCAGCAGCAACAGCAACAGCAACAGCAGCAGCAGCAGUUCCAACAGCAGCAGGCGGCGCUGCAGCAGCAGCAGCAGUUCCAGGCUCAGCAGAAUGCCAUGCAGCAGCAGUUCCAGGCAGUCGUGCAGCAGCAGCAGCAGCAGCUCCAGCAGCAGCAGCAACAGCAGCAGCAUCUGAUUAAACUGCAUCAUCAAAACCAGCAACAGAUACAGCAGCAGCAGCAGCAACUGCAGCGGAUGGCACAGCUGCAGCUUCAGCAGCAACAACAGCAGCAGCAGCAGCAGCAGCAGCAGCAGGCGGCUUUGCAGCCCCAGCCACCAAUGCAGCAGCCUCAGCCUCCCCCUUCCCAGGCGCUGCCCCAGCAGCUGCAGCAGAUGCAUCACCCACAGCACCACCAGCCGCCGCCACAGCCCCAGCAGCCUCCAGUUGCUCAGAACCAGCCGUCGCAGCUCCCACCACAGUCACAGACCCAGCCAUUGGUGUCACAGACUCAAGCCCUCCCUGGACAGAUGUUGUAUGCCCAACCCCAACAACAGCUGAAAUUUGUCCGAGCUCCACUGGUGGUGCAGCAGCCGCAGGUGCAGCCCCAGGUACAGCCGGUGCAGCCACAGACAGCUGUGCAGACAGCUCAGACUACCCAGAUGGUGGCUCCUGGAGUCCAGAUGAUGACGGAAGCCUUGGCCCAAGGUGGGAUGCACAUAAGAGCCCGGUUCCCGCCUACCACCGCUGUGUCCGCCGUCCUGUCGAGUUCCAUCCCUGUGGGCGGACUGCCCACCGCACAGGUCGGCCAGACCAGCCUCCCCAUGCUGUCUUCACCAUCACCGGGCCAGCAGGUGCAGACCCCGCAGUCGAUGCCCCCUCCCCCCCAGCCGUCCCCGCAGCCUGGCCAGCCUGGCUCGCAGCCCAACUCCAAUGUCAGCUCUGGCCCUGCCCCGUCCCCCAGUAGCUUCCUGCCCAGCCCCUCACCGCAGCCCUCCCAGAGUCCAGUGACAGCGCGCACCCCACAGAACUUCAGUGUCCCCUCACCUGGACCUUUAAACACCCCUGUGAAUCCCAGCUCCGUCAUGAGCCCGGCCAGUUCCAGCCAGGCUGAGGAGCAGCAGUACCUGGACAAGCUGAAGCAGCUGUCCAAGUACAUCGAGCCUCUGCGCCGCAUGAUUAACAAGAUCGACAAGAAUGAAGACAGAAAAAAGGACCUGAGCAAGAUGAAGAGUCUUCUGGACAUUCUGACAGACCCGUCUAAGCGGUGUCCCCUGAAGACCCUGCAGAAAUGUGAGAUUGCCCUGGAGAAACUCAAGAACGACAUGGCAGUGCCCACACCCCCACCACCCCCAGUGCCACCAACCAAACAGCAGUACCUGUGCCAGCCACUCCUGGAUGCCGUCCUAGCCAACAUCCGUUCGCCUGUCUUCAACCAUUCCCUGUACCGCACAUUCGUGCCAGCCAUGACCGCCAUCCACGGCCCACCCAUCACGGCCCCUGUGGUCUGCACCCGGAAGCGCAAGCUCGAGGAGGACGAGCGGCAGAGCAUCCCCAAUGUGCUCCAGGGGGAGGUGGCCAGGCUGGACCCCAAGUUCCUGGUGAACUUGGACCCUUCUCACUGCAGCAACAACGGCACCGUCCACCUGAUAUGCAAGCUCGAUGACAAGGACCUCCCGAGUGUGCCACCGCUGGAGCUCAGCGUGCCUGCCGACUACCCCGCCCAGAGCCCGCUGUGGAUCAAUCGGCAGUGGCAGUACGAAGCCAACCCCUUCCUGCAGUCGGUGCACCGGCGCAUGACCGCGAGGUUGCUGCAGCUCCCUGACAAGCACUCGGUCACCGCCCUACUCAACACCUGGGCCCAGAGCGUCCACCAGGCCUGCCUCUCGGCUGCCUAGCUGGGACUGCAGGGAUAGCCAGCAGCCUCGUCGGACUGUGGACACACCCCUCCUCUUGGACAUUUCUAGGUGUUGGCUUCCUUAGGGAGCCUGGGUUUAAGUUAGCUUUCUGCUUUUAUCUUCUGUCUUGGGGACCUGCCAAAUGAAAUUCCAACACUGUUCAGAACUGGGACAGGCAGCUGUGGAGCUGGCUGGUGGGGCGUUGGCUGUCUUCUUAGAGAAGGUUCUUCACGCAACUUUCUCCAGGGAGUCAGAUCCUCGGGCUGCUCUCGCAGCCUUUUGGGGGUCUGGGCCCAGGUCCAGGUCCGCUCUCAGCAGCAUGAGGGAGAUCUCAGGGUCUUGUCAGGGCUUCUUGUGUGUGUGCUAGAACACACUUCCACUCGUUUCUAUAGGAAAACGUGGAGGACACAGGAAACCCUUAAGACACACAAUUCUCUGAUCGUGGCUUUGGGUUCAGGCUGCAUUGCUCUUGCAAGGGGGGCUCCUGGUCUGGGGUGCGGGCUGCGUCUCAGAGGAAGGGGGCCUGCAGGUGGCCACCUGUCCCUGGCCACCAGCUUGGCCUCAGACCUCCUGGCGUUCCUGUUCAGCACUGUGGGUAGCCCGGGAGAGGGGUAUCAGGACCCUGUCCCUGGCACUCCUGGGUCCACGUGCUGUGUCCUGCUGUGAAGGAUGAAGAGCAGUGUCCUUGGGACCCAGUAUCCUCAGAGCUUCCUACACUCUGCGCCACUCCAGGGCUGGGCUCCCAGCUGGGACGGGGCCCUGGGACAGUGCAGCGCUGCCCUGUGUUCCCUGUGUCUGGGCAGCAACCAGCAGCCCUCUGGUCACGAGAGGCUCCCUUUUUAUGUGCACUACCCCAACAUCUGUGGUUCUUAUAAUAAAUUUAUUAUUCCUGUGUUUGUCAGGAGUUCA